AUGGCGACCGACUACUUUUCAGAUCACGACGCCUUUAUUACGAGCCAUCCCUUGCCAUCACCCUCCGAUACUCCGUAUCAUUCGCUAUCCCGUCAGACCUCGCGAUAUGGCACACCCGCGACGGAUUCGGCGGGCUCUCCGGUGCCCUUCCCCCCCGAUCCGGCCGAAGGCUCAGAGGAAGCCAAUAACGACCAGAACAUCUCUAUUCUUGAUCCUCGCCGGUUUACCCCAACACUUCACGCUUCCUUAGUUUCUGAGAUUCUGUCACUGCGGCGAGAGCUGGAUUCGAAACACAAGUUCAUAGAGGACCUGGAAACAAACUUUCAGACUAUACGUAACGAGAAUGAUUCUCUGACGAGCCAGCUUUCUUCAAGUACCAAAGAGGGCCGAGCGGUAAAACGCCAACUCCAGCAGCUUGAAAAUGGGACACUGUCUGCACUCGAAGAAAUUGCGGGGGAGCGGGAUAAGACGAAGGAUGCGAAUGCUGAUCUAAAGCAGAGGCUUGAACUCACUCAGAAAAAGCUUAAGGCCCAGGAAGAAGACUCGACCCGCGUCCACGAUAUGUGGGCACGCGAGAAGGAGAUAUGGGCUGGGGAGAGACGUGCACUUGAGCGACGAGUACACGUUUCGGACAGUCGACUCAAGUUACUCCUCGAUGAACUUGCAAUGCAGGAAGCUGCACUUGAGGAGGCUGGCCUGGACAGUGAGGGCGAAGAUAUCACUCGAGACAGUGGCGUUGGACACGAAAGUGACACUGCCAGCAUCCGUUCCUCUCCGCAGCGCAGGCCUUCUACCCGACUAGCCCGCCAUUCACGGAAUCUUAGCAAUGGUAGCUAUCGUAGUGUUGGACGAGGAUACCGAAUGCCACUGAUGAGUGGAACUGGUUCCGAGGGUCAUGGUCGAUCAAACGGUCUCAGCUUGGCCGAUGAGCUUGUCUUCGACGAGGAAGAGGAGGAUCUUGGAGAGUUGGAACUUGAUUCGGAUGACUUUCCUGAAAAUGAAAUGCGCGCAAGACGGGCUCUCCAAUCGCGGCAAUCGACGUGUCAAGACGAGAAAGCGAAACGAAUUCUCGGGCUAAGUAUUGAAAACCAGCAGAUGCUUAACCAGGAUCCGCUGCCCGUAGUUGAGGAGGCUGAAGCACCAAAAUCAAACGGCACAAUGGCAAGAUCAUCGAUAACGGUUGCACCACACGAGAUCACAUUGGUUUUUCCUCCAUCAAAGCCACAGUAUAUAGAUACAGGUGUACAGCCUUCUCCUCCUCCAUCUCCAGUGCGAGUAGAGUCGACACUAUCAGCUAAAACCAGCGACGGCAUUCCAUCUAUUGCAGAAAUUGAGGCGAACCAGAGUCGAAAACGAGUAUCCGCGGCUUCAACCGUCUCUCUCGCACAGCAUCCUAAUGGCGCUCAGGCACCGCGUGUGAUGACCUCUACCUCUUCACAGACAAUUGAGCAACCACUGAGUCCUCCGGCAACACCUAAGAUUGUGAUACCGGUUCCGCAGACGCCCAUAUCGCCCGUAUUCAAGCCUGAAGUUGUCUCUGUUUCAACCCAGACUGAACUCCACGAAGAGCUGGCGAAGCCCACCCAGCCAAAACGUGCUCCACCACCAGUGUCAAUUCCAAUUCCGUCUAUUGCUAUACACGCCCCGACAUCAGCGCCUUCAUCACCCAAGGAACCAAUUUUACCUCCCGGAACAAAGACGGUUUCAACACAAACGGGAACCGACCUUGCCUCCAAUACGCGUUCGACAAGUAUGCAGACGGAACCAAUCAGAGUCGACCAGCGACUUGUUAAAUUACCGCCACACCUACUGCCUUCAGCCAUAUCUUCAAAGCCCGGAACACCUGAGCCUAGGCCUGAACGCUUAGCAGCCGCCGAAAUAAGGAAGGAUUCAAACCAACCUAUUUCUACUGUCCCAGAGAAGGCAACCACUGCGGUACCGUCUGCUCGACAAGACCUAAUCUCUCUACUAGAAAAGGCCGCAGAGAAGAAGACCGAGACGCAAGUCGAGGACCGCUACCCAGGUAACAACGACAACGGGCCAUUAGCUCGCGACAAAGAGAUCGGCAUUAGUAGGCCAUUCAGAACAAGUAGCUUGUUCGCGGGUUUCGAUGGCCCCUCAUCCGAUGAAGAGGAUAACGGCGCCGAGAUGAGCGAAGAUGAAUAUCGACCGACCCAAUUCUCGACACCAAUGCUAUCUUCGCGGAACGUAAAGAAUGGGCGGGUUUUUAACAACCCGCCUACGCCCGUGCCGGAGGACAAAGAAGUUGUUUCCACCUCCCGUCAGUCGGAAGAUUCUAUUGGUUCUAGCAGGAUACUCUCGUCGAGUCGCAACUCGCUAGAGAAGUCAGCGAAGGUUGGGAAACCUCUUCGCAACUCUCUCACAAGACAGCCCAGCAUUCGUCGUUCGGCUAUGAUCCAAAGCGGAACAGUCGCCCACAUUCGCUCGCGCAGUCCCAGUCUCGGCAGCAUUGGCUCAAGUAACAGCUAUAUGCCCAAGCCUCCAUUUCCUGUCCCAACGCGCUCGAGCUCACGCAAAAUUCCUCUAAGCAAGAGCGAGGGUUCCCAAAGCCCAACCCCGCGCAGCAACGGUGCCUUCCCGGGACGACGACCAUAUGGCAUGAGGCAGCACCAGCGCAAGGACAGUUUGCGUAAGGUUCGAUCAGCAGCAGUUAUUCACAAAUCUGGCCGCUCCCGGAGCCGGUCUCCGCCCCUACCCGGCACACCUGUUUUACCUCCCAGUCCGCCUCUUCCGCCACUGCCCAAUGACAUGGUUAGUGGCCAGCGGUUCGGCCACCGACCCCAGCUGUCGACAAACACAUCGCACACUGGCAACGGCUCCAUUGGAAGCAUUGGACAGCAAGCCAGCGUAGUCGAUGCCAUUGCUGCUACCAUGGUUGGCGAAUGGAUGUGGAAAUAUGUUCGCAAAAGGAAGGCAUUUGGUGGUCCUGAGUCGCCCGCUGACAUCCACCGCGAAGAGGCGGCAGUCAUGACCAGCAACGGUGUGCGUCACAAGCGCUGGGUAUGGAUCUCACCAUACGAGCGCUCAGUACUUUGGAGCGGCAAGCAACCCACAUCCAGCUCUGCGCUGAUAGGCAAGAGCGGCCGCAAGCUCACUAUUCAGUCGGUGCUUGAUGUUGCUGACAACACCCCUAUUCCCCGAAAUGCUGGUACUCAGACACUCUUCAAUCGGUCCAUUCUGAUCCUGACCCCAGCGCGUGCUCUGAAGUUUACUGUUGUCUCUCGCGAGCGCCAUUAUCUCUGGCUCACAGCCCUGUCUUUUCUGGCUCACUCAAGCUCGCCUAUCCCAGAUCUUGGGCCAAUACCUCCAGCACCUCCUCCUCCAGUGGAGGAUCUUCCACCACGGACGUCUGGAGCUACGCUGAGACGCACGCAUGUUCGCGACUCGGUUCGGCUCGCCAAGGACAAGGCAAACCCGGCCACACAGCGGCACCAGGUUACUGGGCUUGAUCCUAUUCAAGAUUGGUAUUCCGGUUCUCAGUUCGACAAGCCAGUUCCCGAUGCAGCUGAUCCCCCUAGCAUCCCUCGAGGCCCCUAUCAUGGUCGGAAGAGGAGUUCGACUGGACCUCGCGCUCCUCCCCCUAGUAUUGGCUACCGAAGCUUCUCACACCAGCCUGUGCCUUCUCUCUACUCCUCGGGAUCUUCAGACAUGUAUGCUCAGCCACCUUCAGUACCUUCAUCUGUGUAUAACCCACAUAGUGUGGUGGCUAGCACCAGGACUUCCGAAGCAAGUACUUCGACUCGACGGCACUUUUUUGACUCAAUGGGCACCGUGCGAAUGGAAGCCUUCAUUGAAAAGACACUCUCAGAAGAUACUACACAGGCGCCAUUUGCACCAGGGCCACGACCGCGAAUCGGAAGACGACGAGGGAACAGCCAAUGGAGCGGUAGCACCAAUGACCCGCAUCGAGCUGGAGGAAUUUACGAAGACUUUAUGCACGAGUCGCACGAUCCUUUCCGCGGCUUCUGA